AGCGGGUCCAGAAGUGAGGUGCCUAUUUCUGCCGUACAUGGUAUCGAACCAAGUAGAAAGUAGUAAACUGGUAAUAUAUGGUUGAAAAUUGUUAUUAUAAUGAAUGGAACAGCAUAUUCAAACUUUGACAAUCAGGAACACGUUCUCAAACUAGGCGAAACUUUUGAGAAACAGCCUAAAAGUGCAUUCCAUACGGUACGAUAUGAUUUUAAACCAGCCUCCAUAGACACUACGUGUGAGGGGGAUUUGGAAGUUGGAAAAGGAGAGCAAGUUACAAUCACACUGCCAAACUUGGAGGGAUCCACAGCUCCUGUUACAGUAUUUAAAGGGUCCAAAAGGCCUUACAUGAAAGAGUGUAUUCUCAUUGUUAACCAUGACACAGGAGAAUACCGUCUGGAGAAACUCAGCAGUAACAUUGCGGUCAAGAAGACCAGGGCUGAGGGAAGCAGUAAGAUUCAGUCCCGCCUUGAGCAGCAGACAAAUAGACUUAGUCAGCAGAUAAAGUCUGGCAGUGGAAACAGGGUUCAAUCCAGCACGAAAACCUCUCCCCCCAAAGAGAAAAUGUCUCCGUCAUCCCCCAUGGAUGAGAUUGAGCGAGAACUCAUGGCUGAAGCACGUGUCAUGGAUCAGAUGAGCAGUGGCUCCUCGGAUUCCCACAGUUCCUCAUCAUCCAGCAGCGAAGACAGCUCCAGCAGCAGCGACUGCGAGGACAAGAGUGGCCCCCCGCCUGGUGGAGCCCCGGUCCCCCCUCACAGCACAUCUGCCCCCAACACAUCUCAAAGCCAUGUGGAGGAGAGCAGCGGGCAUUUCAUGAACACCCUACAAAAUGACCUCCAGCUGAGUGAAUCUGGGAGUGAAAGUGAUGAUGACUGACGGCAGUGAUGUAAGACAAUGCCCAUGACCUGGAGUAAAUGCUGAAAGAGGGUCAGAUGUGCGGCAUCUGUUCACGACUUAGUGUGGUACCUGAAUCCAAUUACCUUUUAAAGGGAUAGUUCACCCAAAAAAUGAAAAUUCUGUCAUGAUGUGCUCACCUUAUGUAAUUUCAUACCUGUAUAAAUUACUUUUAUCUGAUGAACACAGAGAAACACAUGUGGAAGAAUGAACAUCAUUGACUACAUAGGAGACUGACAUAAUAGGAAAAAUGAAAUGGUAGUCAUAGGUGCCCUAGAACCGUUUGUUUUCCUAAAUUCUUCAAAAAUCUCAUUCUGUUUUCAACAGAACAAAAAAUAUACAAUAGUUGUUUUUCUACUAUGGUAGUGGAAGAUGUCCCAGAACUGAAAAUUGAUUUCCAAAUUGCAUUCUUCCAAAUGUCUUUUUUUGUGUUCAAUUUGCGUAGGUUUUUAUACAGGUUUGAAACAACCUGAGGGUGAGCAAAUGAUGAAAGAAUUUUUAUUUUUGGGUGAACUAUCCCUUUAAGUAGUAUUUUCUUUCGCCCAGCCCCAAAGCUGGGGGGUUUGCUGUAUAAGUAAAUUAAGUAUUUAUUAAUAAACUGUUAAUGCAUACAUUUUAUAGGGAUGUCUUGUUGCAUCCUCAGAGGUAAAACUGUCGGUGAGAUAAUAUUCAUUUUAUUUAGAUGACUUGGGGUCAUCUUAAACUUUUUCUUUUUUGAGACUUGGCAUGCUUAAGUCUAGAUGGUUCCGCAACAUAACACAAAAUGUCUUAAGAAACAACAUCGCAUAUUGAAAUGGAUAGUCAUAUGAUCAAGGUGCCAAACUUAACAAUCACAGAAAUGUACACAUUAUUGACCUGCAAUACCUGAAUUUGUGUAGUUUGAUUAUUUAGAGCCAUUUUUUUAUUAUUCUCCUUGUGGCUUGUAUUAAGAAGGAUGUAUUUCAUCUUUCCCAUUCUCACUAGCACAGUGUUAGUUAAAGGACUUGAAAUGCUCGCCCGUAGAUGGUCUCUCUCUUAUUUAAUUUGACCUACUCUGCUUCAAUUUCUUAAGAUGUAACCACAUACAGGUAAAUGGCUAAGUGUAUGUCUUACUGUGCGCAUCUGGCAGGCCAAAGAGCAACACUUCCACAAUGGUUGUCUUUUGGCUGAUCUUGAGCAGUAAUUGCAGAAUAUAAUGUGCCAUUCUGUAUAUUGUAGCAGGAUUGACAGAUGUGGUAAAUGUAGUCAUUUUUGAUCCUUUGAACUGUAUUGAUCAAUAAAUAGUUUUGUUUUGCAAAGUU